CACAGCAUCACGUCGACGACUAUCAACAUGUCCGACUUCCCGAAAGACACCAAACCCUUCGAGCGUAAUGCUUACCGCGGCUCGGGAUAUUCCAACACCAUGCGCAACAAGUCCAAGCAGGCAUACCGCCCCAAGCAGCGCGGUGGCUCCCAGUCCCAGCACUCACGCAACCCCGCGAAAGCCUCCACCUCGAGCUCAGGCCAGCAGGCUCCCGAUGCCGACGUCCCUCAUUUCAUGACGGACGCUGAGGUGAAGCAAUGGUUCAAGGAGGCGGAAGAAGAGUACGAAGCUGACAAGAAGGCCGGUCGCUUCGAUACUUAUGAGUUGGCCGGUGGCGUAGCUCCGGACUUUUCAAAGUUCAAGCAGGAAUUCGACGCCGACGGCAAGCCUUUCAAGGGCCUCAAGAAUUCUAUGCAUGCCGUCAAAGUGCCCGAGGCUGAUGAUGAUCAGCAUCAGAAGAAAUGA